AUGUCGCCCCCUGGCGGACAGCAGCGUGUCCUGCUCCUCACGGACUGGAUCAAAGAGACAGAUGUCCUCCAGAACCCCCAGACCCUCAGACCCCGCCAGAACCCCCAGACCCCCCCAGACCCUCAGACCCGGUCUCGGUCCAUUUUUGUGGAUCCUCUUCCCACUCGCUGUGACCUCCUGGCUCUGUCGGUCCAGGGCAGUGGGAGUGAGAGCGGCCCCAGGGACAGGUCUGAUAUGGGGCAUGGGCCAAAACAAAAGACCCCUCUGCUGCUGAGGAGGAGGAGGUUUGCUUAG